AUGCUGGCCGCUGCGUCGCUCCUGCAAGACCCCUUUGCCAGCUCGCCUGCCAAGCCUUCUCCCAGCAUGUCUCAGAGUGCCAGUCUGAAGUCGAACAGACAUUCGAGAGCUGCGGGUGGAAUGGAGCCGGGCUUCAACGAGCUGAUGCAGCAACUCGCCGCGCAGCACAACAAAGAAAUCCAACAGCUGAAGGUGCGCCUGGAUCUUGUGCAAGCCGAAAACCGGUCGUUCAAGACUCGGAUCAGCGCUGUGACGGGCGCGACCGGCAAUAGGUCGUCGGCGCGGGCUUCGGAGUUUUAUAUGGAUUCCAGGAUCACAGACAACCUGAGCGAGGUAGGCGACAGCCUGAACCCAAGGGACUUCGAAGAAGAUACUUCGUCAGCCCCAAGGCAGACCACCGAGACGGCGGAGGUGGCGCAGGUCGUGCCAGACGAGAGGACGGUUUGCUCUGCCACGAAGACGACAUCCGUGAGGACAACCCAAGCCUCGUUGAUGGAUGGGAGGACAGAGACGGAGAUGUUGGCAGGCGAUGAGUCUUUGGCGCUUCAGCCGAAGACAAUCGAACUCAACGAUGUCUGGACGAAGGCAUCCUUUGGUGCCCGAUCGAAGGGCACUACGAAGACGUUGGGGCAGAGAAUGCAUGCUUCGGAUCGUACAAACAGCAUUGAGGAGCUCACCAUCGUUGGCAUGACGCAGGGCAUGAUGCGGCACGUGAUCGGCAACCCGACCAGCGCAAAGCGCAUGGCAUGGGAUGCUAUUGGUGGCAUUAUGAUUCUCUAUGACAUCACUACACUACCGCUUAUGGUGUUCGAAGAUGUUGACAGCAUCGCCACAGACAUUCUGGGCUGGAUUGUCCUGGUGUACUGGACCCUGAACGUCGUCAACUCGUUAACAUGUGGCUAUCUGCAGAACGGAGUGGCUGUCAUGAGUCCGAAGGCCAUCUUCCUCAGAUAUGUCACGAGAACCAUUUUCGUCGACAUGUUGACACUGGUACCCGAUUGGACUGUGACGAUUUUGCAGCUCAAUGCCUCGCCGGGACAAGAUUUCCAAGAAGCUCGACUCCUGCGAGCUCUUCGUGCAUUCCGCCUCACACGUCUGGUUCGAAUCGUCAAGCUACGAUGGCUGAUGGAAGUACUCCGAGACUACCUGGAUUCGGAAUAUGCCAGCAUCAUGUUCGAGAUUGCGAAAAUGAUGGCCCUGUUGUUGGUCAUCAAUCAUGUUUUGGCUUGUGCUUGGUUUGGCUUGGCACUUCUGGGCAGCGAGAUUGGCUGGCGAGACUGGAAAUCAUCCCACGUGCUGGACUAUGACCACGCAGACAGCUGGUGGCUCUAUGACUAUCUCACCAGCUUACACUGGUCGCUAUGCCAGUUCACUCCAGCAUCCAUGGAAGUCCAGCCGUCAAAUCCUAUCGAGCGUGGGUUCGCCACAUUGACGGUGCUCUUCGCUUUGAUCGCACCUCGGACGCUCAUCGUCGGUGUCGGCAGCAUCACAGGGUCGCUGACGCAACUUCGGAUGAUGUCAGAAGCAAUUACGCGGGAGACACUGAAAUUGCGACGGUUCUUGCGCAGAAAUGCAGUGCCCAUCGGGCUGUCUUUGCGCAUUCGUCGGUUUGUGGAGUUCGAGCUCCGGAGGCGACAGCAGCCCGUGAGUCAGCAGAGUGUUUCCUGUUUAAAUGUUCUUUCUGAUCAGCUUCAGACAGAACUCGGCUUUGCGUUGGUGCAGCCUACGCUGGCCACACAUCCCAUCUUCGAGAAUCUGAUGCGGUCCAGUGGGGGUGCGAGCCUGCUGGAAAGAGCGAGCCAGGGCUUCGAAAAGAAGACGCUGGCGUUGGAUGAUUGG